AUUGUGUCAUGCAAAAGUUUUAUCUUAUCUUUGUUCAAGUAGAGAUUGUUUCAAAAUUCAAAGUUACACUUUUCUUUUAAGUGCACGGCUAUAUGUCUUAUAUUAGUUGGUCAGUCACGUUAUUCAUUUUUUACAUAUAAUAAAAAUGGAUUAUCUGUCUUUACCAAUUAAUGCCCUAAAGGGCACCCUAAAUAAUCACUUUCAAGGGAAGGAAGCUUGGCAAAUAGUCACAACUACAACUACAACUGUACUGUUGUCAGUAUGGUUUUAUGGAUUUUUGUUUCAAGAUGAAAGUCUUACUGAAAGAACAAAGAAAACAGUAUUCAGGUUAGCAAGAAAGAUUCCUGCAAUCAGAAAGAGAAUAGAGACUGAAUUGGACACAAUAGCAAAGGGUUUUGAAGAUGACAUUAAGAAAUCAACCAAUACUGUAACAUAUAUUACUGAACUACCUCAAAAAGGGUUAACAAAUGAGGAACUUAUUCAAUGUUUGGAUAAGAAUUUGUCCCUGGGUGAAUACAACUGGAAAGGUGGUAAAGUAUCAGGAGCCGUUUAUUUUUACGAUCAAGAUUUGAUAAACCUCAUUUCUGGCAUUUAUGGUAAAACUGCUUACACAAAUCCUUUACAUCCAGACUUAUUUCCUGGUAUAUGCAAAAUGGAAGCCGAAGUUAUUAGAAUAACAUCUAGCCUAUUUCAUGGAGACGAGAAUGCAGUUGGAUCGAUGACUAGUGGUGGGACUGAAUCAAUACUAAUGGCCUGCAAGGCGUAUAGAGACUAUGCCAGAGAAGUUAAAGGCAUUAAAAAGCCAGAAAUAGUCGUACCGACAACAGCGCAUUCAGCUUUCGAUAAGGCUGCUCAAUAUCUGAAGCUAAAAGUUAGGUCUAUACCAGUUGAUCCUCAAACGUACCAAGUGAAUCUUACGAAAUUUAGAAGAGCUAUCAACUCGAAUACCGUGAUGUUGGUAGGAUCAGCUCCAAAUUUCCCAUAUGGAACCAUGGAUAACAUUACAGCCAUAUCUGAAUUGGGUGUGAAGUAUAACAUACCUGUUCACGUGGAUUCUUGUCUAGGGGGAUUUUUGAGCUGUUUUAUGGAAGAGGCGGGAUAUCCCAUACCUUUGUGCGAUUUUAGACUACCUGGAGUUACCAGUAUUUCUGCUGACACACAUAAAUAUGGUUACACACCAAAAGGUUCCUCAGUAGUAAUGUAUAGGAAUAAAAAAUACCGUCAUUACCAAUACACAGUAACGACAGAUUGGCCUGGUGGUGUCUAUGGUUCACCAAGUGUUAGCGGAUCAAGACCAGGCGGUAACAUAGCAGUUUGUUGGGCUGCCAUGCUCAAUUUUGGUAAAGAGCAGUAUAUACAAGCCACCAGAGAUGUUAUACAUACUGCUAGAUAUAUAGAAAAGGGAUUACGCAGAAUGAAGGGUAUUUUCAUUUUUGGAACACCUGUCACUAGCGUUAUAGCCAUCGGUUCAAAUGAUUUCGAGAUAUACAGAUUAUCUACGGCACUGAAAGAGAGCGGAUGGAGUUUGAACGUUCUGCAAUUCCCUUCAGGUAUCCAUCUGUGUGUAACUAGACAGCAUACUCAAGCGGGAGUAGCAGAUAAGUUCUUAGAAGAUGUCAGAACGUCUUUGGAUGAAAUUUUGAAGGAUCCAUCUCAACCCGUAACUGGAAAGAUGGCGCUUUAUGGAACUGCUCAAGAGUUACCAGACAGAUCCAUCGUUGGUGAUUUCACAAGAUUAUUUUUGGAUUCUAUGUUAUAUGUACCAAAAAAAGAAAAAACAGAGGGGAAUAUUAAAGCUUAAAGUAUUUUAAUAUAGAUAUUUUUAAAUGUGGGUAUAUUUGUAUACAUGUUGAAAUUAUUUUGUUAAAGGUUUAUAAUGCCAUAAUAUUUGUGAUCUAUAUUUAAUAAAUGUUUAUUUG